GUCAGCCUGUUGCUCAUGAUCAUCAAGCAUACUCCUCGUACUCCACGGGCAGAGACGGAGCUGAGUCAAAGCAGGCAGGAGCGGCAGAAAAAACACAUUUCAUAUUUUUUCCCUCAUGUGCGUUCUCGUCUGAGCGCUUGGAGCAAAACUGACUUGAGGGGAAGUGAUCCAGGAGUUCACAGUGACCGUGUGAUGGUGGCAGGUUGAACCUCAGGGAUGUGAGCAGACCAGUAAAGAUGACCCUGUUGGCGGGUGAUGGCUCCGACUAUGACUACAGUGCCCUGAGCUGUGCGUCUGACACCUCCCUGAACGUGCCUCCCCUACAAGAGGAGGAGGCCCAGAAAGGAGUUUUCUACAAGCGGGCGCACCGUGCCCCUGAGCUCAGCACCAUCGAUGACGAUGACACACUUCUGUCCAGCGCCCGUAAGCUUCACGCCAUCAUCAACGUGGGCGGCAUGCGGUACCAGCUGCCUUGGACCACCUUGGAGGACUUCCCCCUGUCCCGCCUGGGCCAGCUGCACCUCUGCAGCAGCUUCGACGAGAUCAUGAGCAUCUGCGACGACUACGAUGUCAUGCACAACGAGUUCUUCUUCGACCGCAGCCCGUGCGCCUUCAGGACCAUCCUGACCUUCCUGCGGGCGGGGAAGCUGCGCUCCCUCCGGGAGAUGUGCGCCCUCUCGUUCAGGGAGGAGCUGCUCUACUGGGGCGUCCCCGAGGAGAGCCUGGAGUGGUGCUGCCGCCGGCGCCUGCUGCAGCGCGUGGAGGAUUUCGAGGCGAUGGAGAGGGCGGAGGAGGAGGAGGACCUGCUGGAGGAGGAGGACAGCGGCGACAAGGAGCACGCGGCGGAGUCCAGGCUCAGUCAGUGCAUGGGCAAGCUGAGAGACAUGGUGGAGAGGCCGCACUCGGGCCUGCCGGGGAAGAUCUUUGCCUGUCUGUCGGUGCUGUUUGUCACCAUCACCGCCGUCAACCUGUCCAUCAGCACCAUGCCUGCCAUGAGGGAGGAGGAAGAGGCGGGCACGUGUUCCCAGAUGUGCUACAACAUCUUCAUCGUGGAGACGGUGUGCGUGGCCUGGUUCUCCCUGGAGUUCACCCUGCGCUUCAUCCAGGACCGCAGCAAGCUGACCUUCCUCCGGCAGCCGCUCAACAUGAUCGACGUGGUGGCCAUCCUGCCGUACUACAUCACCCUGCUGGUCGACAGCACCUCCAAAGGGGAGAAGCGCCUCGGCUCGGGCAACAGCUACUUGGACAAAGUGGGCCUGGUGCUGCGCGUGCUCAGGGCCCUGCGCAUCCUCUACGUGAUGCGCCUGGCUCGACACUCGCUGGGCCUGCAGACUUUAGGCCUGACCGCACGCCGCUGCACGCGAGAGUUCGGACUGCUCCUCCUCUUCCUCUGCGUGGCCAUCGCCCUGUACUCCCCGCUGCUUUACUUGAUAGAGAACGAAAUGGCCGCCACGCAGGAGUUCACCAGCAUCCCUGCAACAUACUGGUGGGCUGUCAUCACCAUGACAACGGUGGGCUACGGGGACAUGGUGCCCAGGAGCAUCCCCGGGCAGGUGGUGGCUCUGAGCAGCAUCCUGAGCGGGAUCCUCCUCAUGGCCUUCCCCGUCACCUCCAUCUUCCACACCUUCUCGCGCUCCUACGUGGAGCUGAAGCAGGAGCAGCAGCGGCUGCUGCAGAGGAGGACUCACUUCCUGCUGCGCAGCCGCAUGGCCGGCCUGGGCAGCGACCUCUCCUUAGACAGCGACAUGCUCUUCCCUAUAGGCACGUCUGACACCAGACACUUGGAUAACUGAGACUGAUGGGAGUGUGAAGGACAUUUUUACUGGGCGUGGGACAGAAAAGAAAGAGACUAUGAAGGGAGAGAAACCCAAGAAAGGAAAAUGAUUUGAGAUAAAAAAACAGGGGUUAAGAAGAGGCAGCAUGGAGAGACGAGGGAGAGAGAAGUCUCUAUAAACAAAAUACAGAGGAGAGAAUGGAUAGUUCUUCUUCCCAGAAAUGCAGCCUUGCAGUGUAGCAGUGACCUCUGAAUAAAACUGAACAAACACAGAGAGGAGAAACAGAUCAGAGGAUAAAGAAUAAAGAAAAUGAACUAAAAUAGGUUCAUGUUUCUAAGUAAAAAAAAAUCAAACAUAAGCCCAGUUAAUAAAUGAAAAAACACAAACCUCAUUUAGAAUGCAUUACAAUGAACUACAGUAUUAUGACAGUCAUGUAUUAAAUACAUUGUUAAUCAAACAUGUGAAAUAUAUUAUUUUACAGAAGAAGAGGAGUAAAUACUUCUUUACUCUGGAUGUUUGAAUUUGUUAAAGUCAUGAAUUCCUGAGAUUUGACCAGUGUCGCUAAACGGUUCUGUCAAAUUAAAGACGUUAAAUGGAAUUUCCAUCGAGGCUAAAGCGUGACCCCUAAGUCCACUGAUUGUUUCCUGACUGUGCAAACCCUGAAAAAUAUGUCACACAAAUUAAUUAUGAUGUAUUAUAAUUCGUCCUUCCCUUACUCCUCGAGGUUCCAUAUGCAAUUUGGUUGUUGAAGAUAGCAUUAUUGUUCUUGUAAUUACUGCUGUCGCUGUCCAUAGCUGUUGAUAAUGAUUAUUGCUCUCCUUAAAGUGGAUUUAAAAACUCAAAUCUGUGUGCUCCAUUGUCUCUUCACUCGUACUCACUUUAAAACUUUGUGAUUGGUUUUGCAGUGUAGGCAUAAAACUGAAGUCCACACAUGGGCAGAAAAGUCAAACACAAGGACAAGCGGGCACAUGUGGGGUCAAACCCAAGCAGCAACCUCAAAACUGAAAAAUGAAGCUAAUGCAGAAGUGCAAAAAUCC